CGUUCCGACGAUCUCGUACUCCCGAUACGUUUAAAUAGAAGAGAAUUUUCGCCAAUCUCCCCUGUCCUCCCAUGGCGGAGCUCAAAGAGCGGCUCCUCCCGCCCAAACCCUCGUUCGCCACCGCCACACCGGCGGCCUCGAAUCCUCAGGAACCCUCCGCCGCCUGCGCCGGGCACCGCCCCCUCUUCCAGGGCAUGGACUUCCUGGGGCUCAAGAAGCGGGGUCAGGGCCGCCGGUCGUGGAUCUGCGUCGACUCCACGACGGGGGGCUCGCAGGUGAUCGAAGUGGACAAGUUCACGAUGAUGCGGCGGUGCGACCUCCCAGCCCGCGACCUCCGCCUCCUGGACCCGCUUUUCGUCUACCCCUCCACCAUCCUUGGCCGGGAGAAGGCCAUCGUCGUCAAUCUCGAGCAGAUCCGCUGCAUCAUCACUGCCGACGAGGUGUUCCUCCUCAACUCCUCCGACGUCUAUGUCUUGCAGUACGUCGCGGAGCUCCAGCGCCGCCUCACCGCCCACUCUGUGGACGCCCUCGCCGGCGGGUCCACUCCGCCGGACUGCCUCCCCUUCGAGUUCCGGGCACUCGAGGUCGCACUCGAGGCCGCCUGCACCUUCCUUGAUGCACUGGUUGCUGAACUAGAAAUUGAAGCAUACCCUGCAUUAGAUGAGCUGACAUCAAAGAUCAGCACACUUAACUUGGAACAUGUGCGCCGAUUGAAAAGCAGGCUCGUUGCAUUGACUAGGAGAGUUCAAAAGGCUCGGGAUGAGAUAGAGCAGUUGAUGGAUGAUGAUGGUGAUAUGGCUGAAAUGUAUCUUACGGAGAAGAAAAGACGAAAGGAAGCAUCAUUCUACAGUGACCAGUCUAUGCAAGGAUUUGGUUGUAUUGGUGCUGGAGUAUCAGUUUCUGCUCCAGUUUCACCUGUUUCUUCACCACCUGAACCUCGCAAGCUUGUUGAGAAGAACUUGAGCCUUGCUAGAAGCAGACAAGAAGAUAGUAUGAAAAGUUCUGACAACACUGAAAACAUAGAGGAGUUGGAGAUGCUGUUGGAAGCUUACUUUGUGGUCAUUGAUAGCACUCUUAACAAACUGACUUCGCUAAAGGAGUACAUUGAUGACACAGAAGAUUUUAUUAACAUUCAACUGACUUUUGCAACUUCUUUCUCCACGGAUCUUGUGGGCAGCAGAAAUUUGUAUAAGUUGGCAUGUCUGGCUUUAAAGGAAAAUUGGGUGAAGUUCACAAAAUUAUAUUAGUCAAUGUUGGCUGAAUAAAAUAGGAUUCAGUGUUGUGCUUCAAUGUGCCAGCGUCUCAGCGGCUUAGAUGAGGUCCCAUGGUCUUGAGAGGCAUUCUGGGUGAGGAGUUUCUUAUUAUAUAAUUCCAUCGCUGGUUCCGACAUGCUUAAUAGGAGGAUUUCAAUACUCUUCCAAAAAAAAAUUAAAAAAAAGUUUUUGCAGUUAUAUAUUCACCAAAUGCAGUUCUUCCUUGUUACCUGGCAUGGCAGGUAGUGCUUAUAUAUGAAUUCUGUAAGCCCUUACUGUUACGGAGCUCUUUCGUGAAGUUGCUUACUUUCUGCAGCAUUUUUGUUUUUUAAGGGGAUUGCUAUGGUUUUUUCUUUAUCAAAAAGUGGUGAUUCAUCGUUGAUUAUUUGAGGAAGAUGAAUGGCUGGCUAAUAUCGUGAAUUUUUGUUUUAAUAUAUCAAAAGUAUUUACUCUAGAGAUUUGUAAAGCAGCCUUUACACACGCAUAAAUAAAGAAAGAUCUUUAUCCCUUCAA